CAUUUUUACAUAGCUCUGCGCUGUUUAUUUUGUUUUGUUUGAAGAAAGGGAAUCUCCCGUCAAAGAACUUUUCGACCGGGUAUUUUGAAGUAUGUUCCGCCGGUAGAAUUUUAUGUCUGGCGUUAUCAACAGAGUUUAUCUAGCGUAAAGUUUUUAUAUUUUCUCAGAUAACUUUUAAAAUAAUAUCGCUGACAAUGCUUUUUUACCUGUUGCUUAUUGCGUGAUAAGAAACCGAACAUUUUUCUUUCAUCGAUUUCUUGUAAAUAAUGGCUUCUUUAGAAGAAUCGCUACUUGCCAGUGCUAUGGAAGUAUUAAACAUCGAAGAUUAUUGGCCAACAUUCGAUAGCAACAAAGCCCUAGAUUUAGACGAUGACAGUGAAUAUUCUAUUAUUCUUUAUUUCUACGAGCGAUUACUUGAUGCUCUUAUGCAAUACCGUUGCGUGCAACCAGAACAUGUGCAACAAGCGAUCAAAACAUUAGUUUAUAACUACGGCCGCGUGACAAAUGGUAAAACCCCUGAGGACUUGGACUAUAAUAAAUUUUCAAAUUGUGUUGGCUACCUGCACAGAUAUGCUGCAUGCCACACUGCUUUAGUGCAUACUGUUAUGCUUAAAAUUUUUCACACAAGUCCCCCCGCAGCAAUAAGACGAAUGCUAGCUUUGAAAGAUCAACUUGGUUUGAUGUGUUUAGGUAGCGGACCAGGAAAUGAUUUUGUCGGUGUGCUCAGCGCCUUAUACGGUAAACAUUAUGGGUUGCUUAACUUGGAUAUUUCCGUGGUAGAUAAAAUGAGUGGGUGGCAGCAAAUAUUUGUAGAAACUGAAAAGCGUUUGAGACGAGGUGAUUGUGGAAAUGCCAGUAAUAUAUUCAAAGAAGUAGCAGUCAGUGCAUCUUUUCUACAAGCUGAUCUAAAGAAUCCUUCCCAAUGGAAUGCAGAAUUCAAACGCAAAUUAUCUAAUGCUGAUAUUAUUACGCUUGUUAAAUUUCUAUCUGUUGUUCCUAAUGCAGACAAACUAAGUGUUUUAAAGAAUAUUGUGGUUCCUAUGAAACCAGGUGCUGUUAUAGUGCUUAUUGAUUGCCCAUAUCCAUCUAGUGAGUUUGAGACUCUCAAAAAUUAUUUGGAUUGUGUAUAUGAAGCUACCAAGGAGAAGUUCAACUUUAACUUUCAAGUUGAAAGAUUUGGUUACCCAAACAUAACUACUUGCAGAGCUGUCAUACGAGUUUUCGUACGGAAGUUCGUUGUCGCUGGUUCUGAAUCUUAAUUUUAAAGUUUCAUUCCAUGGCUUUCAUCCAAAUAAGGUAAACUUUUCCUCAUGAAUUGGCUAUUACUAUUCACAAGAUUUUGCUGAAAUGUUGAUAUAUUUUAUUGAAUGUGGCUGAAAUUUAGAUAUUUUUAUAUCUAUUGAAAGAAAAAUUAACAAAUCUUGUGAUGCUUUGUUUUUGCUAGAUAUAUCUUGAUAUAUAUGGUGAUUUUAACUUGUUGUAUGCCUGUCUGUGAUUUUUUAGAAAAAUAACAUUUUAAUAAAUGUUAGUUCUUAGUUUUUACA